AUGGCAGAAAUUGAAGCUAGAGAAGCCUGCGACUGGCUGAGAGCUGCCGGGUUCCCUCAGUAUGCCCAGCUGUUUGAAGAUAUGCAGUUUCCUAUUGAUGUAAGAACUGUGAGGAAAGAUCAUGAAUUUUUAGAUGGAGAUGCCAUUGACUCACUAUUCAGACGGCUGAACACGCUGAACAAAUGCGCAUCACUGAAAGUGGAGAUAAGAUGCCAGAGGAAACAGAGUGAUGACUCUGAAGAUGAUGAACCUUGUGCAAUAAGUAACAAAUGGGCUUAUGAGAGGUGCAGUCAGAGAUGGUCUCGUAUUGAGAGCAUAGAAGGUUUCCCUGGAGAGGAAGGUGCUAGUGUGUCGGUCCCAGGCAGUCCAAUACUGAAGAGCACCAGCAAUGAGGAUACUGCCUUUCUGGAUCCUGUUGAGAAACAUGAUGUGUCCUCAGUUCACAGUGCUAGCAGUGGUGACAGUGACACUGUUAGCUUCCCAAAACCUUCUGAAGAUGUGGAAACUAGCACGAGUUCAUCAAGAUGUUCCUCACUUAAGGUGGCCUCACUGGAGUCUACUUUUAGUUGUUCCCUUUCCCCCAGUGAAUUUUUAAGUACCAUCAGUGAGGAGAAGCUUUUGGAUAAGUCACCAUAUAAAAAGAGGAAGAGCCUUUUAAAGAAAAUGGAGAAGUUGCAUUUAAGGAGCUGCAACUUAAGGAGUGGUCAGUCAAAGGCCAAACCCAUAAUAAGUGAACCUGUUCUUCUGGAAGGACUUAAUGAAGAGAAGAUGAAGAUGCUGAAUUGUGUAAAUAUUUCUGACCUCUCUGGCAUCCAAAUAAAGAAUAAUUCUUCUUUUUCUCCCAAGAGUUUCAAUAGCAGCAAUCAGUCUGAAAACAGCAGCACAGUGAGUGCUCAAAGUCCUGUUAUAAACCCACACAGCCACUGUGAAGGAAGGGAGGUAUAUGCAGAGGACUUGGAUUCCAGCAAGCUCUUGCUGUGGAAUGAUCUAUCUCAGCAAAACCUCAAAAAUGACAUGAAGUUGCAAAUGAACCAGAUGUUUCAAAUACCACAAGGCCAUAAACCUGGCACCUUCCCCAUAGCACUUACAAGCAGCUCCCUGGCUCCCGUAGAUAACUCUUCCGUCAACUGGAGAACUGGGAGUUUUCAUGGGUGCAGGAGGAGCCAGAGCAGAAGCAGUUCCAAGGACUCCAAAGUCCCCAGGAGUCACCUUUCCUGUGCAGAUAACAGGCUGAGCAUAUAUGACAACAUGCCUACCAUUGAACUUGAUAAUUUGGAAGCAGCACAAGCUGGUGAUGAUGAUGUAUUUUCAGAACUGAACAAUGUUAUAGAAGAUGUCAAUGGUCUCAAACAAUUGGUUGCUCAGUGGACAGAGAAGUUCUCAGAUGACGGGGAUUCAGACUUUGCCAGUGACUCGAGCUCGUUGUUUCCCUCUUCAUCUAAAGGAAUCUGCCUUGAAACAGGUGGCUCAGAAGAUAAGAGAGCAGAGCUCCCAGCCACUGGGGGAGAAAGCUGCUGGGAACCGGACAAAGAGACCAGUUCUGCAGGCCUGGCACAUGUGGCACGGGAAGCAGCACUGGUCUGUGGAAGAGAGUGUGAACCUGGGAAGCCUUUCCUACGGAAUGAGAACCAGUCAGCAGCCCAGCUAGCCCGAACACAAAAACUGGCUUUGCUGAAACUCACCGCCUUGAUGGACAGAUACUCCCCUUCCAGUAAGCAAGGCUGGAACUGGACUAUACCAAGGUUCAUCAAAAAAAUAAAAGCCUCUGACUACAAGGACAAGAAUGUUUUUGGGGUUCCUUUACUCCUGAAUGUCCAGAGAACAAGCCACCCACUGCCUAAUGGCAUACUCCAAGCACUGGACUAUCUGAGAAGCCACUUCCUUGACCAGGUUGGCCUGUUCCGAAAAUCCGGUGUUAAAUCCAGGAUUCUGUCUUUAAGAGAAAUGAAUGAAACCAGCCCAAACAACGUGUGUUAUGAAGGACAGUCAGCAUUUGAUGUGGCAGAUAUGGUGAAGCAGUAUUUCCGAGACCUUCCUGAGCCCAUCUUCACCAGCAGACUCUGCGAAUCCUUCCUCCACAUCUACCAAUACGUGCCAAAAGAUCAGCAGUUCCAGGCUGUCCAGGCUGCUAUUGUCCUUCUCCCAAAGGAAAACCAAGAAGCUUUGAAAAUCCUCCUGUUCUUCCUGCGAGAUGUGGUUGCUUUUGUGGAGGAAAACCAGAUGACCCCAACCAACAUUGCUGUUUGUCUUGCACCAUCUUUGUUUCACCUCAACACCCUGAGAAGGGACAGUUCCCCCAGGUCGAGUCAGAGGAAAUGCAGCCUGGGGAAGCCGGACCAGCGGGAGCUGAGUGAGAACCUGGCAGCGACGCAGGGCUUGGCCCACAUGAUAAUGGAGUGCAACAGACUCUUCCAG